AUGGAGACCGUCUUCAUUACCAUCCACGAUCUGUCCCAGGAUGCCCGAAUCCGGUAUUGUUCCGAUUCGGUCGAGGACAUACUGGGCUACUUUCCUCACGAGGUGACGGGGAGAUCAUGCUGGGACUACUUCCACCCAGAAGAGAUCCCUUUCGCUAGAGCCGUUCACGGCCGUGGCAUCAGUCUUGACAAGGCGGCUGUUAUGAACUAUUGCCGCAUCAAGCACAAGGAUGGCCAUUGGGUUGGUUGUGAAUGUGUCUUCACUGUGGUUCACGAUGUCCUCGUGGCCAGUACUGCCAUCUACCGCCGGGGACCAAAAGCAAGACAGAGAGCAUUAGAUGGAGCCGGUAUCCGGCGCAUCUUCUCCUCAUCUCCUCGGGACCCCAGGUACCACAUGUUGUCAUACCUGUCCAACAAGUUCUACGACGAACCGGCUGCUCAUAUGCCAGAGCCGAGGGCUGCACUUUUUCUCAAUCGCUUCUCACGCACCUCCACCGUCAUGUUCGCCACCAGUGGCGUCGAUGCGAUCCUGGGUCUUCAGCCAUCAGACCUGGUUGGAAAGAGCUUCUACCAAUGUAUUGACCAGGCCUGUCUUCAAGACGCCGUCAAGUGUAUUGAAAGCGCCAAAGCUAAUGACUCUAUCGCCUACCUGAGAUUCUGGUACCACGACCCUCUGCAAGCAAACAACAUUGCUGAUGGCGAAUCCGUGGGUGAUGAGAGCGAUGAAGAUGACGAUGGUGGCGUUCCUCUGGAGACUGGCACGCGCCCCGGUUCGAGUGUCUCAAUGGGGGAUGCUUCAACUCCUCGUCAGACCGAAGAUACCACACAUGUGACUGAUAAUCAGGCGUUGAGGGCUUCUGAAGAAGCUUCCACAUCUCAGGUCGACGGAAUCGAGCCUGGGAAUGUCCAACUGAACGGAGAUCAUGUUGCGCCUUCCACGAGCACCGAUCUCGUCGUCAACGAGCAUGAGGCGUUGUCAGACCAUGAGCCUGUGCAGAACUCCGCUCCACAACAGGCUCAGCCAGGAGCCGCCAAUGGAGAACGACUGGAGCUUGAAGCUGUCGUUUCUUGUACUUCAGAUGGUCUUGUUGUCAUCCUCCGCCGUGCGAGGCCAUUGGUCCCGCAUACACUUGGGGCAACGGAAGCUCCAUAUUAUGCCAACGGACUGUUUGCAUCGCCCUGGGCGCCGGAGCCGGUCAUGCCUCCAACAAUACAACAAACAACUGUGGCUCCCGCCGCUUCUUUCCCAAUGACGGACUCGUCAGAAUCUGGGUUCAUGGCUGCUAUUCGAGAAGUUGCAGUCUUUGCUUGGUCACUUACAGGAAUCAACGGCUCUCUAGCGCAGUAUGCUCGGGGUAAAGCGUCUCCAGAGGCAUUGCCACCAGAUGGUCUCCCAAUCUGGGACCCUAACGCUGAGGUUGACGCGAAAGCGAAUCAGCUAUACAACGGCUUCCUGGGCAGUGCGCACCGCCCCUAUGCUGGCCCACAUGCGGACUCUGGCGAGUCAAACGUUGCGAAGAAAGUCGACGAUCUGGGCAGCAGUGACGAUGAAGUGCUCUGGAAGAGGGCACCAACAAUGACGCCGUGGAGACGACCCAAGAGAAGAGCCCAUCACGAUGCUUUCGGAGGGGAAGGGAAUGAUGGAGUGGAUGGUGGGAAUGAAGAUGGCAGGAGAAAGAAGGCCACAAGAUCGCAUUCCAGUUCCGGGCCGAGCUCAGGUUCUGGGGGAGCCUCUGCUGCGGGUUCUUCUUCUGGCUCGACCUGA